GUGCUGGGAUUAAAGGUGUGUGCCACCACCACCACCUAGCAAUUAUCAUCACUUUAGCGCCAACAUUUACCUAAAUUUCCUUGGAGGUCUUAGUUGGGGAGAAGUGCCAAGAACUCAGGACUACCUCUGUUUGCCAAACCACCUUACCUUAUUCUUUCCUUACCCCCUGUGAGGGGUAAGUGAGCGUUCAGGAGUCGGAGAACAGUGGGACCAGAAGGCAGGAGAAUGUUGUCAUUCCUCUCUGUGUUGACUGUCAUCCUCCUCUGGGUAGCUUCAGCCGAACUCUUACCAUCUAUUGGCUUCAAAUAAGUUAUUAUGGCUUUGUAAGUCUGUGUCUUCUUAAAUUUUUCUAAUGUUCUUGUUAUUGAACUUGGGCGUCACAACCCCAAGGCAGGUCCUGCCACUACAAUAAGCCAAUUAAAAAGUCCAAAUAAAACCAGAAAGUAGAAAAAUUUAUUCAACAUGGCUAUCCUGGGAAGAGGGAUUGAGAGAUCCAGGUUCGUCUUUGAGAUCUUAAAGUGAGAUUGGAAUUUAUAUAUAAAGUCAAGGAUAUGCACAGCUAAGCAGUCCUGGGCAAGGUGUGGUCCCACCCACCACUGACCCGCCCUUGUCUGAGCUACAGUCUCAUGCUGUAAGAUGGCCUGACAAGCUGUUAGAACCUUGUGAAAUCUCUUCAGAUACAAGGUCCCCUCUGGCUGGUUCCUUUCCUUCUCGGUGUGAGAUUCCUGGAGAAAUUCCUUUUUCUUUAGGGCCCAUUGUUUUUAACAGUCCGGAUAGUCUGAUGGAGAGACAAAAAUGUCUCUAGAAUACCUUCCUGUCUGCUAGGUCUGUGAGAUUCUGUCUGAGGGAAGUGGAGACAGGUUGCCCUUGGGUAUGCUAGGAGGCUAUAAGUGGCAGAAGGGAGAUUUGAACAUAGGGCAUCUGGCUUCAGAGUAACCCACAAGUGCAGGGGGUCCAGGUGUUAGCCUUGCCAGGCUCCAGUCUUGGGAUGUGUCAGGAAUAUGGGUACAUAUGGAGACUGUCGCACACUGCCCUGGCUGUCAACCAGGGCCCCCCUGUCUUUAAGUACAUGGAGUAGUACCCAGCGGGCCAUCCCACCACUGAGCAGCAACUGCCUGCCCUCACCUGCUCUUAUUUCCCCCUAGCUUGGGUCUGCAGGGCUUCCGAGCACAGCUGGAGCUGGGUUCCGGAGGCAGCUGUGUAGGGUGCAGAAGCCUGGAGCUCACAGAAGUGAUGGGGGCUGGGCAAUGUUCUUCCUGGGUCAGUAGUUGGACAUUCAUUCAUGUCACCAGUGUCUGGUUGGACACCUGCUCCAGAUCCAGGGCUACAUGUGUACUCUGCCCCACGCUGCACAUCGUGUCUCUGCAGGGGUUCCUGUGGGAACAGAGGCUCGCCUCUGGUCGUCAUGAGACCAGCAGCAGCUGUAAUCCUGACCCCACCCGCACUCGUGGCAUCCCUUUGCUGCUUUCUAUCAUGUGACACGGGAAGUGUCCCCUUCCUUUGAGGCCUUUGCUGCCCCCCUAAAGCCUGGAACAGGAGCUGGUGGCCAGGGCCCGCAGCAAACCUUGCUGUAGCUCCUCAGAGCAACUCUUGGGGUCACGGUGUGUCCAGGUGGCAGGAUCACCUGCAUCCUCUCUGAAUGAAUGGCAGCCAGGGACACUGGAGCCUUGGAUGGGUUGGUUCCCUGAGUGCCCUUGGGGCCUCUGGGGAGCGGUAAUGGUUAGGACAGACAGAAAAACUCCUUUCCCACUUUCUCCUUUUCUCUCUCAGCUUCGUUAGAGUAACAUUUCAAAUUCAAUGUGGUAAGAGUUCAGGGACUCCUAGGCCCCCUUUACUGUGGUCCACCGGCUGUUUGAGCUUCUCUGCUUCCUCCUUCCCGCCAUAUGUGCCCCUCUUCCAGAAGACCACAUAGACGUUUACGCCCUAUAAUUCAAAUAUACCUCCACUGUAUCUCCUCGAGUUGUGAAAAAAGGCUUUUUGGAGAGCUCAGGGCAGACUUUCCGAGAAGCUCCCAUCUAAUUUUUCUACCUCUAAGUCCCUUUGAAACAUGUCUCUCUGUGAGUAUGAGGCCAGCCUAGUCUACAGAGCAAGUUCCAGGACAGUCUCCAAAGCUACAGAGAAACCCUGUCUCAACACCCACCCCCCCAAAAAAAAACAACCCAACCAAAAAAACCAAACACACAUCUUCAUGUUCUUCAAACACCUGGGUACUGCAGUAAAAUGGAGGAUGGAGCAGGUAGCAAUUCCCACACAGAUGGUGGGCUUGUAAGAAAGGAGCUUGGGGGCUUCUUCUGCUCCAGUGUGCCUGAGCACCCAAACGUGUUUCCCAGCACCCCCACCCUCCAGGCAGAAGCUGCGUGUGGCCCAGUCUUCAGGCCAUCUUUUAUGCCUUCGCCCACCCCUUGGGUGGCUGCCCACCUGUGCGGGCAGCCUUACCCACCUUUGAUGGUGUAUGUCAGAUGUGUGUAUCCUCAGGGUGGAGGAGAUUGGAGAACACUAAUAAACAUAUAGAACACAUGUGAGAUCUACGGUGUUGCAAGUCCUCUCUCCCUUCGGCACCGAAGGGCUUGCUUUCUAGACUUGCUAGAGAUUAAGGGUACUACGUGACACUUGGCUGGGGGCCAUGACCUUGGUCUUUUGCUGGCUGCAUCUUGACCGUAUCUUACAGCAGUUAUGCUUGCCUUCGGGUGACACCCCGCCCCCAUCUUUUAGAUGUCCUGCCCUCGAGAAAUAAGACACAUGCUAAACUGAAGUUUGCACUGCUAGUGACUGCUACUCAGGCUCAAGCCUGAACUGCAAACAGUUUCAAAACCGUUGUGCAUCUUGAAGUUCACAUCUUACUGUUGGGGCUGUCCCCCUCUCUCACCUCCAGUCACUGUGAGAUCCCCUGUGUCCUAGCCUGGGGUGAGGAUUCUGGGAUUUUUUUUUCAUUGUCUGAAAUUUCUUUGUACCUCAGUUUCCCCCAGAUGUGAGCCUGCAGCUGUGUGUGAAGAGAGCUCUGAAGGUCACGAUCAAAAGCUUCUAGUAGUUUUCCAUGUGUUUGUUUGUUCUUCUCCGGCCCCAGACCCUCUCCUUGAAGGAGCUGGCCUUGACAGAGGCUCUAGUGGGCAGCCGCCCAGAGUCGGGGUACCCUGCUGUGCUCAGUAACUCUAACCUGGCCGGGCCAGCACCAAAGGGCCACUCUUCAAAGAGGCCCUUUGAAGAGCAAACAUUUCCUUUCCUGAAAAGAAGGGAAAUUGCAACGAAAACUUAUUGUUCUGUGCAGACAAUGCCCCCUUCGAUCAAAGAGCGAGCGGGGCUUAUAAAGGUAGAUUCGCGAAUUAAACCUGGGCGCCAUCCUGCGUGUUACCAUGGAAGGGAGCAUGGUGGGCCUCUAAGACUGGAGCCUGAAGCUACUGCAGACUCUGCUGUGACGUCUUGUCGCCAGGCUACCGCCAUCCUCAGUGAGAAGGUCCACGAAUCUUACUCCAGGUUUGCUCAGCACGAUGGGUUGCAAAAACCUGCUCGGCCUGGGUCAGCAGAUGCUGCGUCGGAAGGUGGUGGACUGCAGCCGGGAGGAGAGCAGACUGUCUCGCUGCCUCAACACCUUUGACCUGGUAGCUCUUGGGGUGGGCAGCACCUUGGGUGCUGGCGUCUACGUCCUGGCUGGUGCAGUGGCCCGUGAGGAUGCUGGUCCUGCCAUUGUCAUCUCUUUCCUGAUCGCUGCCCUGGCCUCAGUGUUGGCUGGCCUGUGCUAUGGAGAGUUUGGUGCCCGUGUUCCGAAGACUGGCUCAGCCUACCUCUACAGCUACGUGACAGUUGGGGAGCUCUGGGCCUUCAUCACCGGUUGGAACCUGAUUCUGUCCUACAUCAUUGGUACUUCAAGUGUGGCAAGAGCUUGGAGUGCGACUUUUGACGAGCUGAUAGGCAAACCCAUUGGAGAGUUCUCACGGAAACACAUGGCCCUGAAUGCCCCUGGGGUGCUGGCCCAAAACCCUGACAUAUUAGCUGUGAUUAUAAUUCUCAUCUUAACAGGGUUGUUAACGCUUGGUGUAAAAGAGUCAGCCAUGGUCAACAAGAUCUUCACCUGUAUUAAUGUUCUGGUCUUAUGCUUCAUCAUGGUGUCGGGGUUCGUGAAAGGGUCCAUUAAAAACUGGCAGCUCAAGGAGGAGGACUUCUUGAAUAGAUCCAGCCCUCUUUGUGGGAAUAAUGACACAAAUGUGAAGUAUGGUGAGGGAGGGUUCAUGCCCUUUGGAUUCUCUGGCGUCCUGUCAGGGGCAGCCACAUGCUUUUAUGCCUUUGUGGGCUUUGACUGCAUCGCCACCACAGGUGAAGAAGUCAAGAACCCCCAGAAGGCCAUUCCCGUGGGCAUCGUGGCGUCCCUCCUCAUUUGCUUCGUAGCUUACUUCGGGGUGUCCGCAGCCCUCACGCUCAUGAUGCCUUACGCCUGCCUGGACACCGACAGCCCGCUGCCUGGUGCCUUCAAGUACAGUGGCUGGGAAGGAGCUAAGUAUGCAGUGGCUGUCGGCUCCCUCUGCGCACUCUCCGCCAGUCUCCUAGGCUCCAUGUUUCCCAUGCCCAGAGUUAUCUAUGCCAUGGCUGAAGAUGGACUACUGUUUAAAUAUUUGGCCAGAGUCAACGAGAGGACCAAAACACCAGUAAUUGCUACACUGACCUCAGGCGCCAUUGCUGCUGUGAUGGCCUUCCUCUUUGAAUUGAAGGACCUGGUAGACCUCAUGUCCAUUGGCACUCUCCUGGCUUACUCUUUGGUGGCUGCCUGUGUGUUGGUCUUAAGGUACCAGCCCGAACAACCUAACCUGGUAUACCAGAUGGCCAGAACCACCGAUGAGUUAGAUCAUGUAGACCAGAAUGAGCUGGUCAGUGCCAGUGACUCCCAGACAGGCUUUUUACCAGUAGCUGAGAAGCUUUCUCUGAAAACCAUACUCUCACCCAAGAAUAUGGAGCCAUCCAAAUUCUCAGGGCUAAUUGUGAAUGUUUCAGCAAGCCUCCUAGCUAUUCUUAUCAUCAUCGUGUGCAUUGUGGCCGUGCUCGCAAGAGAGGCUCUGGCUGAAGGGACGCUGUGGGCAGUCUUUGUAAUGACAGGGUCAGUCCUCCUCUGCAUGCUGGUGACAGGCAUCAUCUGGAGGCAGCCUGAAAGCAAGACCAAGCUCUCAUUUAAGGUACCCUUUGUCCCCGUACUUCCUAUCUUGAGUAUCUUCGUGAAUGUCUAUCUCAUGAUGCAGCUGGAUCAAGGCACAUGGGUCCGGUUCGCAGUGUGGAUGCUGAUAGGCUUCAGCAUCUACUUCGGUUACGGACUGUGGCACAGUGAGGAGGCGUCCCUGGCUGCUGGCCAGGCAAGGACUCCCGACAGCAACCUGGACCAGUGCAAAUGAUGUGAAGUCCCGCCCACCAAGGUGGCAGCGGUUGAGAGGUGCCCAUAGAGGCCUGGGACCCUCACACUCUCUCCACCCGCGCUGCAGGAUCCGCUCACAUCCCCAACGUCACCAAAGGUGCUGUGAGCUGGGCUGCAGCCUCGGCCACAGCCGGCAUAGCCUGGCCAGACAACCCUGCAGCCAGCUCACGAGGUCCUGCCUGCUUCUGGGCAACUCCUCGUUUUCAUGCCCCUCUGAACAAAGAAAGCAGCCCUUUUCCCUGCCGGCUGGGCGCUUUGCUGCUGCAGCCCCAGCAAAAGGAAGCCCCCUUCUCCUCUUCCUUGGGAAGCCGGCCUCCCUCCCUGGGACCACCCUGGUAUUGCUCACGUGCACGCUCCAGACCCUUGGUGGGCAUCUCUCUGUCAGCCCAGUCAGGACAGACUCCCAGCCACAAGACGAAAGACUAGCCCUGUGCCAGGGCGUGUCCCCAGCAAUGCUGUCCAGCUGCCAGUCAGCUGCAGAGGACCUGAAGACGAGGGACUGACUCAUCUUACUGCUUCGGGGCUGGGGUCCACACACCCUUUCCCAGCCUCUGCGACACUGACAGACCCCAGCACGGUGUAGGUCAUCCACAGAAGAUGGGAGGUCCCUAGAGAGAUCAGUGGUGUCGAGGUGGGAAGGCCACCUCUGCUCACACGGACUAGGGGACAUUCUCUAGUCCUGCUCCUAGCAGGGCCUGGAGCGGCCUCUGCCUCUCUUGGCAUCAGCUCUCCCUGUCCUGAGUCACUGGAACAUGAGGUCGUAAUAGCAGGCUUGAGUCAGGCUCUUGGGUCUUCUAAGGUUCUUCAGACAGGUGGCAGCUCAAUGUGGGGUCGUGACGCUUUUCUGGCCACUGACACGAUCCAUGUGGCCUCUUACAUCUAAGGAGUGCUGUGGAGCCCUCCUGUUGCUUGCCAUGAAUCACUCCACCAGAUUAAGUUGGGGCUUAAUGUUACCUUGGAAAAUGGCCAGAUGAUUGCCAAAUGCACACGGCUAGCUUGGGGUUCUAUUGCUAUUCCUCUUGUGUUCUCUGUCUUUCAAGUGCUGUGGCGACUUUGCCUGCUGCUGGUGAGGUUCCCACCCUGGCCUGGAUCUUAUGAUCCCUGUGUAUGCCUGCAUUUCCCCUCCCCCACAUCCCUCAACUCUCCGGGUGGGGCAUUAGGGCCUGCACUAUUUCACCUACUCUGUGUAGACAACCCAAGGAUGAUGAGAGUGCUAAUGGUGUCUCAUUUUGGAGCCAUUCAGAGCCAGUCCUCCAACCCCCCAUAUUGGGGUGGGAAGGCCCGUGUUUUUAGACUAAUGUAAAUGAUGUUUUGAACCCUAGCUUUCUUUUCCGUCUGGCCUUUGACACAAGUCUGGUGGAAACAGGCAGGAUAACCUGAUGACGCUCUCUUCUUCUCUUCUCUAGAAGGUUCUUGGUAAUCCAAGGUAGCGUGUAGCCUACUUACUAUAUGCUACAGGCAAGGCACUUGCUUAGCAUAUGCAGGGCCUCAGGUUCCGUCUGCAGGACUACACAAAAUUAGGGAAUUAGUGAAACAGCCUGGAGGCUGGAUCAGCUAAUGGAGGGCGGCCAACCCAGGCCUUUGUGUGGGGCCCUGACCACCUUCUGGGUGCUUUGCCUCAUUGGCUGAGAACAUUUCAGAGGGAGUAUUGUAAGACCCUAAAGGUUGAGUUUCCAAAGAGAGGUAUUUAAAUUUAUGUAGAUUGGUGCUGUAAAAUAUUUUGAUAAGUAUUAACUUAUAUUGUUCAGGUCUUGAUUAUCUGUUGUCUUCUUAGGGCCUGUUAAAUAGUUGUCUGAUUUUUUUCCUUUUAAUUUUUCUAACUAGACAGAGAGGAAGAGAGUACCCACUGAGGUAUUGGGAGAUUUUUUUUAACUUUAGUUUUUCUUCUUUGGUUUCUUUUUUUGAGAUAAGGUUUCAUUCUGUAGCUGGCCUGGACUUCGGUGAUAGUAGCCCAGGCUAUCCUCUGCCUCAGCCCCCUGAGUGCUAAGAUUAUAGGUCUGAGGCAGCACUCCUGCUUAACUGUCAUUGUUUUCUGGGUGAGACCUUCUAUCCAAGGCAGCCUAACAUCGUGUUUACAGUUGACAUCUCAGCUAGCAGCCUAUAACCCACCAGCAGGGAGCUGUAUUUAAGGGUUUGGUCCCCCACCAUCUCUCCUGAGGACCGCUAAUGGCGGCAGAUCUGCACCUCUGUGUCUCACUGUGUGACACAGAAGCACACACGGGUCCCGGUUGUUGGGGGCUUCCUGUACCCACUCCUUAGUCAGGAAAAGAUGCUCAAGGGUGACUUGUGUAGUAAGUUUGCUAAAAGUGGACAGUUGCCAGGAGAGCUUUUUUGGGAGGGAGACACAGGAGCAGUGACACACAGAGUACUUCCUGGAGUGAGCUUCUAAUAUGCUCUUUCUCACACCAUCAGGUCCUUCUCCUGAAAGGAAAAUAUUCAAGCCAAAGCCCAAAGCAAGACACACUAACAGCAAUCCCUCAGAACCUGGUAGGUAGUGUCCCAUCUCUUAGCCCCCUACCCACAGAAGGGUCUUACUCUGUUGCUCAGCUUGACCAAUAUCGCCUACCUAGUUGGGACACGGGCGCUCUAAAGACAUCCCAGCUAGAGUAUCCACAUCAGAAAGACCUGUUUUUCCAUGAGUGUGUGCUCUUCCUGUCUCUGGGUCUAAGACCUUGAAGAAACCAAUACCCAGGAAACUCCACUUAGGAGUGGGAUACAAGAUGUCUCCACCUUCCAAAAGGUGGCCUGGUGGAGAGGGGGGUGCUUUUUAUAGAGACACUGUCCCCCGCCCCGUGCAUAUGCAUGGAAGCAUGCAUACACUCCCAUGCCUAUACCCCAUCUCUGCCCACACUCUACAGCCAGGCCAUUGUGGGUCUACAAACAAAGAAAAAGUAGAGUCCUGUCCCAGACAGUUCUCUGGGAAAUUACUGGGUUUAUAUUGUUCCUGGUUGCUCACAGUUUGGUUUUUACGGUGGCAAAUACCCCAUCAUCUCAUACCUUCAUCUGAUAGCCAUCCAGUCCCCUGUGCUGAUGAGGUGGUUUGGGCACCAUGUGCCAACCAUCUGCCUCGGGCUUGGUGUCCAGAAGUGACUGCCGGACUGUGGGAGACAUUAGGCUUCUCCACCUGCCCUUAGUGGCCAAGGGUUGGAUACACUCCUUCCUGCACAUUUGGCUCAGACAGCGUGUACACACCAAGAGAAUAUGUAGCCCAUUCCGCCCCGUCUACCGCCUGCUGCUUUUCAUGCAUAGGGCUGGGAAAACUAGUGGGUAUGUCUGUUCCUUGCCCCCUGACCCCAGGCAAACAUUAUGACUUGGCCAGUGUUUACAGUCCCCUCUACCGAGGAAUUCAUCUAAUGCAGGUUGAAACAGCAGGGUGAAAAACUGGUUCCUGAGAUAUGUGGGCAUGUCCCACAGGCCCACCCAUACCUGUAGGCAAAGUUGUAGGCACUGCUGGUCUGUGUCCCUACAAUGAAAACAUGCCUGGCUCUCUCUGAGGCCCAUCCUCGCCAACUGUUCUGUUGGCAGCCUAGCACUAAGGGAGCUUAGUAGGGAUCUUAAGUGCCAGGGUGGCCAUCCCUUGGGGUGUUGGCGAGUGGUGGGCAAAGGAAGUUUGGGUUCACAUCUGGUUGAGCUCCUAGCAAAGGGAGUCACUGGACAGAAUACAGAACACAUGGAACUGUUACAGAAUUCAAAUUCAGAACUGAAUGUAUGUUAUGUACAGUUGUUUUAUGUAAUUCAAACCUUAUGUUUGCUGUCGUAAUGAGAAGAUUGUAUGCAAGGCUCCUUGAGGGAGAGCAAGCUAUUUCAUUAGGCUUGUUUUGGGUCACAGUGGUGACACAAUGGUGUGGUUGCAAAUUGCUACACUCCUUAGGCCAAUUUGGUCAUGAUGGAUUUUUUUAAGGCAAAAAUGUUUUACCGGCUGGCUCUCACCUCCCUCACUCUAAUCCGGUCUUUUUGUACCCACUGCUCCAUUGAGCUGGGGAAUAUGGUGUGGCCAAGGGUCUUGGGACACAGUGACCAAGGAGCCCGCCUGAACCAUUCUGUUCUGUGUGUUGAAUGGCUGGUUGAAAAGCCCAGGGGAGAUGAAAGACCACAUCCAUACAUGUUCUCAGGGUGCUGGCGUGUCCAGCAGGACCAGGAAGCAAGGUUAAGAAGACAUAUAUGGACUAAUUUAUUGACAAGGAUUACCUUUGUGUUCCUUGCCAAGCUUUUUGAGUUUGGGACUUAUUUUCCCAUUUGAGAAGUUAUUAUAUAUAUAUAUUUAAGAAAUUUCCUGUUUCGUUUGUGCCUUGCAGCGUCGAUGGGUUAAGGAUCACAAAGGGUCGUGAUACUGAUGAGGGUUGGUUUAUUAUCAAACCUGAAUAGUUGUGGUUUCUCCGGAACAACUUUUUUUCCUUCUACUGAACAUGGAGCCAUUGUUAAAAGAAUUAUGUGUGGUUUUUUUCAUUAUGUAAAUUGUAUAUAUUUUUUUGCUUGUUUGAGGUUCUAUUUUUCUAAUAGUCUUCUUGCAGUUUCUUAUAAUGGUGACAUUAGAUUAAGACUGAUGCUAACUGUAAAUCAAGCUGGUCUCUGCUGGAUUUCCGUGGCUUACUUAUAUUUUAUUUUAAGGCCAAGCACAGGUUCAUCUAUCGCCUUUUUUAAAAAUGUGAACCUUAUGUUUCCCCUCAUUGCUGAAUACAUUGUACACUGGCAACCCCCCUCCCAUAUGCCUAUGUUGUAAACUCAAAGCUAUUUUGUGGUACAUUAUCUCGUGCUUCUGCAGAUGCUAAUAAAUCCUGUCUGGCUUUCCACGAA